ACUCCACUGAAAAAAACCAGCACUAAACACUUACUUUCAAGUUCGCAUUCACUUUUUCCUCAUUGUAAGAAUCAUCACACACGCUCAUUCCACCCUUGCGACUGCCUGGGAUCACUGUAAUAUAAUCCCUGUACAUAUACCCCUUCAUCAGUCUCAGCUGAAGGCAUAGUGCUAAAAACGGAUACAGCGCCUCACCACCAUGCCUUCAACGACCGGUCAAUCGGGGCCAGGGUUGACUCAUAGGCGCCUGUCUGACCAUCACCGGGAUCUCACCACCGCCCAAAGAUGCCACCGUAUUCCAUUAUCUAAGGUCAACGACAGCCAGUGCCGCCAUUGUGAACCUCAACCAAUGCAACAGCGCAAUCAUUUUGAACAUAGCAUCCACUGCGAUGGCCACCAUCAAUCCACCAUAGAGAACCAAGCACAGAAGCCUCAUUCUUUGAGCAGUAAUUGCAAACAUCAUGAAAGAACCAAUUUCAAUUCCUCCACCAUUAGGACUACUGUAGCUAUCGACCCAAAUGCUCGUCCGUACUCUACAAGAUCCCUCAGCACAGACAACCACAGCGACAAUAACAGUGGCCUCACAGUCCGUUCGAUCGUCAGCGGAACUAGAAGGCCAAGCGAAUCUGACACAACUCACAGACCCAUGAUGAAUAUGAAUAUCUCGACAUCUUUGACCACGACCUCGACUACAGCAUUUUACUCUGGUGUGAAACUGGCACCGCCCGUGAUGAGCGCAUCAGUAGUGGGGAUCGAAAGACGGACGUCGGACCAGAAAGCAUGGUACACGAUUCAGGUCCGUCCCUGCGAUCUGAAGAUCCUGGCCAUGACCCCAAAGAAGACCGAUGGCGGAUCAGGAGCCAGAACCGGUGAGAGGAACACGUCGAUUCCUCGAAAGGCCUAUAAAAUCUAUCGAAGUUAUGAGGAUGUCGCGGACUUUGCGGAUCAGCUCGAGGAGGAGUUCCCGAACCUGGCGGCGUCGAAGGGGCCCGGACCCGGACCCGGACCCGGACCUGGACCUGGACAGGAUUCUAAGGAUUCUCCGUUUUGUGCCGGUACUACGACUCCUGAUAACUCGUCCUCUGCCUCGGGUUCAUCCGCUCCUAUGGAAAGGGCCACGCUUUCAACGGCUGGAAGUCCAAGCAAGCGCACCCAUGCCAUGGCUGCUAAUGGCCAAGCUAAUGCCUUAUCCGCAGCCAGCCUUCCGCGUCUCAAGUCGAGUUUGGUGCUAUUUGUAACCAAGGCCGUGUGCCUCCAACGCAAAGCUGAGCUCGACCGAUACCUGCAGAAUCUCUUUAUUCUCGGGCCAACUAUCUCAAAUUCGCGCCUUGUGGCCGAGUUUUUUGGGAUUUGGAAGACCGACAUGGAGAUACGUCUUCGACAUGAGGACCGAGACCCCUUGGCGCUAAAUUCGAUUGCCACUGUACAGCCCAUCUCGAUUAAACUCAAUGCAUCUAUCGAGCCCUCUCUAACGGUCGUCCGAGCGCGCGAGAGCAUUCAGGAGCGGGCGAUCAAGGAGGAGAGCCAGGACGAGAAUCAGGAAAGCAGGGCGUCAACGGCUUUGACAAGGGCUUUGUCAAGGACUUUGUCAACUACAUCGCCGGCCGACAAGGUCCGAUCCACACCAACGGUUCAAUGUCCUGCUUCUUCUCCUACUCCCAUCACUAAUCUGCCUAAUGAGCAAAACAGUAUUUCAAGAAAGAGUUCGACUUGUUCAUCUUCUUCUUUCACUUCCACCACAUCUAUUGCCCAUGCCCCUGACGCGAAAACGAUCAUGACUAUUCAAAAUCCCUCCACAUAUCAACCUUCCUCUGCCUUGUUAUCUACCCUCAAAACGGAUCGUCCCCUGGGCUCGGAGUGGACAUCCUUUCCACUGACACAGCUCUCAGGAACACAGCACCCGUCCAUAGUGCACGAUGUGGACUCCGAGAUGGCUUCUCCUACCGAACCCGGCGCUGUCACUAUGGUUGAUAUCAGUAAACCCACAAGUAGCAGUACGACAGCAGUGGGUUCAGAGCCGGAGACUAGCAAGGACAUUUCGACACGCACGAUAAAGAAGUUCAAGUCUCUCCGACGCUCCAAUUCAUCACGCUCCACUUCUUCACGCUCGCAAAAGCAGCAGCAAACACAAGACAGCCAGGCCUCUCAGGACGCCCAGACGAACCAGGCUGACCAAUCAACAGCAUUAGGAACCAAAUCUGGGCCCAGUUCUGCGACCAGCGCGAUUUCACCAAGCACAGGAAACAGCGCGUCUUUGCUUCGCAUGCCCAGCUCAGCAAAAUCAGCAAAAUCAAGGAUUAUGAAGCGCUCCAAGACCAUUGUAUUCCGCCCUGAAGUCACGAUGCAGCCGCUGUCAUCAAAGAAUGUGAUCCCGCCUUGGAACAGGAUCCCGUCCGUUACUAGCAACACAAGUACUGCCAACUCGCCCAAUUCCCCAAUUAGCCCUACGACACCUGAAGGCACCAGCAAUGGCAACGCAUCGGCAUUCUCCAGCCCGCAGACUGUUGUCGGUGAGAGCGCAAUGGCGACGACACCGACUACACGUGAACUAGAGGACCGUCCACGAAAGCUGACGAUGACGCACUCAAAAACCAUGUCCGCUAUCUCCAGCCUGAAUUACUGGGGAAGUGAUAGCAUGUCGCCAUCGAAUACGUCUGGGUCCAACAAUGCGAUCUCUCCGGUGUCUGGAAAUAGGAAUGGCAGCAAUUCGAAUGGCCAUAUAGUGAGCGGUAACAGGUCCAGCGCCAGAUCCAUGUCAGUUUCUUCAACACCUGCCGUUCUGAUCGCUCCAUGGAACCGUACGAACCCGAACGCGGAGGCGAACACGCAUCUCCACUCGCUGGUCAAGGUCUCGGGAGUGCAAUCUUCGUCGUUCAGUCAACAGUCUUUCCCAGCCUUUUCGUCUUCAGCAGCUUCGGCACUUGUCCUUGUGGAGCUAGGGGGAUCUUUGCACAAGAAGGAGAAGUCGCACGCGAUGAUGGCCCCUAUGACUACGACUCAGGGUAGCAUCAAUGGUAGCAGUGCAAAAGUGGAUCGGACUGCGCCUGAUCUGACUCCGGCUCCGGCGACCAGGAACAGAUCGACGACGACGAUUAGCUCUUCAGAUGCCAUGGGUUCACCGUCUUCAGGAAGAAAGAAGGGAUCCAAGUCUGGAAUGACGCACUCUGUCUCUGCACCGGGCGGCUUCUUGCCCAUUAUCUCUGAAGUCGGAUCUUCAUCUUCAUCCAUUUUUGCUCAGUCAGUCGACGGCUCAAGGGCCGGCGCUGCCAAGAAGCGCUCACCGCGCCGUGAAUCGACUACCAGUCUUCAUUCGCCUUCCAUGUCGUCCAAACAGCCCGUCGGGAUCUUGAAGAACGCCAGCUCGCAACAGCAGCGCCGAAAAUCAAGUCUCACAGUCCCCACGCUCGCAAACAUGUUCCCUGUCCAACAGCCUUCUAUCGCCACGUCCUCCACAGUUGCCACGACGUUUAAGGUUGUGAUCGAUGCAGACACGAUUAUAGCAUUGCAGGUGUUGGAGGACAAGAGCUUUGUGCUGACUCUUCAGGAACUGAGGACACGGGUGGAGACGAAGCUGAUGAAGUCGAAUAUCCAGCUGCCGGGGGAGUUUGAUCUAGUUUGGGUGAUGCCCUCGUCAACAUCGACGUCGUCGUCGACUUUGAACACGCCUGUGACACCAUCGACACCGACGUCGCCCGUGUCAGGUCCUGCCUCCUGCUCUUCAGGAUCGCUUCACCACAUGUCAGAUCUGGGCAUGGCCUUGAAGACGGAUGAGGAUCUGCAUAGGGCGAUACAGGCAUCCAAGAACCACAAAGUGACGCUGCGAUGUACGCUUUGAGUAUUUUUUAACGACCUUUUAACGAUCUUUUGGCGACACCAUCACCAUGACUCUCUCCACUCUCUCUCUCUCCACUCUCUCUCUCUCCAUCCUUGUAUAUGACGCCUUCGUAGGCAUAAUGCUUGUAAUGUUCCUCCCUCAAUCUUCAUGUCCAUAGUCCCACGUUCAGACGUGUCCUGUUUAUAUCAUACCCCUUUAAUGCACCCUUCCGACUAUCGACAUCUGGUCGACAGGGAAAUAGCCCUUUCCCGUUCUGCCUUCCAUUCAUUGUAGAUAAUGCCGUCUCGCC